AUGCAGACGAGCUGGCCAGAGGCAGAGGCGGAGGCGGAGGCAGAGGCAGAGGCAGAGGCAGAGGCAGAGGCAGAGGCAGAGGCAGAGGCAGAGGCAGAGGGCGAUAAGAGACUGGCCUAUCUCGUCGAUACCUAUUACCCAGUCGGUGUUGAACGAUAA